AGGAAAAAGAUGUGCCAAACACUGGAAGAAAUUUUCAAAAUGAAUCACACAUGAUCCCUGCCGUCAAGGGACUUAGAGCCCUUACAAUUGCAGUGUGACAAAGUGACAGAAGUGUUAAAUAGAGGUGGCAUGUUCAUGGUGUUCAUGAAUUCCAUUCUCUGACCUAGAUGACCAGGGCACAGAAACGUGGCUCUUCACCUGAAAUAGAAGCUCAUAGUCUGGCCACUUUUAUGAGUGUAACACUUUGUUACUCUAGUUUAAAAAUCAGAGCCUUAGAAAAUUAUCCAAACUGUCAUAAGGUGGUUCAUAUAGUUCUUAGCAAAUCUGAACAUUCACAUUUUGAAAUAUUCUAUUCUACUUUUUAAGAAAACCAUUUAUGAAAGUCAAAGGAAAUUAUUUUCGCUAUUAUAGCAGCAAUGUUAUAAAAACAUGCAAAAUUCGGGGAAAGCAGCAGCACCAGAUCCAAGAUGGCGGCCAGCAGGAGGCUGAUGAAGGAGCUUGAAGAAAUCCGCAAAUGUGGAAUGAAAAACUUCCAUAACAUCCAGGUUGAUGAAGCUAAUUUAUUGACUUGGCAAGGGCUUAUUGUUCCUGAUAACCCUCCAUAUGAUAAGGGGGCCUUCAGAAUCGAAAUCAACUUUCCAGCAGAGUACCCAUUCAAACCACUGAAGAUCACAUUUAAAACAAAGAUCUAUCACCCCAACAUUGAUGAAAAGGGGCAGGUCUGUCUGGCAGUAAUUAGUGCUGAAAACUGGAAGCCAGCAACCAAAACUGACCAAGUAAUCCAGUCCCUCAUGGUGAAUGACCCCCAGUCCGAGCACCCACUUCGGGCUGACCUAGCUGAAGAAUACUCUAAGGACCGUAAAAGAUUCUCUAAGAAUGCUGAAGAGUUUACAAAGAAAUAUGGGGAAAAGCGAACUGUGGACUAAAAUCUGCCGCGAUUGA